AUGGCGUACUCAGGAAGAUCAAUACCAUCGCAAGUAAGGGCGCCAAGCAUGGCACCCGGAGGCAGCCAGCAAUCAUCCGCCCUCGCAGCGCGCAUUGAGGAGAAGCGUGCCGAACUCGCUCACCUCCAGGACCUCCGCGAUUUAAGCGGCGAAGUUGCCUCACAGAUGGAGCAACUUGAGCAGAAGCUCUCUACGUUAUCGGAUGGAACUGAAGCGAUUGCUACCGUGGUUGGCAACUGGCAUAAUGUGCUACGCGCCAUCAACAUGGCCUCCUCAAAAUUAGCUCCCGAAGCCGAAGGCAACCAGCCAGAGUCUGAUGUGCCGCUUCCUCAGACUCUGGUACGCAUCCCGACAGAACAUGCGCCAGCACUACAAGCCCAAACCGAGAAUUUAGAAGCUGCCGAAGGCGAAGACGAAACAAUGGGUACCGCCAGCUGA